AUGCCGAGGAGAGGGUCCUGCUUCCCCUUUUUCUCCCUCCUCCGCCCUCAUCCCACCCCACCUCACCCCAUCUACACUGCUCUGGAGACUCGAGGGCCACUUCCUCCCAUUGAUGUUCGCCGCAGAAAAUGUUGGCCACAGAGGACGAAGCGAGGCGGCUUUCCAGUUUUCAUAUUCAAGCGGUGUGCAACUCUUGCUGCCAGAUACUGCCCAUUGGAGGGAGAUGCCGCGGUGGUACGAGGAUGCAUCUUGCUCACUGAUUCCUUUCAAAAUGAAGGAUGUACGGAGGUUCUUCGAAUAAUUAUUUCAAGAUUUUCUUCUCUAAAUAUUCCCCAACGUCACCAGCGAUCUGAUCCGCGAAGCACCAAUGGAGAAAUACAGCUCCUCCCUCCGAGGGUAGAGCUGUGGACAAAAGAAGGCUCGUCACAGCCUGUGCCGCCGCCACCGCAGCCGUCCUCCUCAGCGUCUGAACGUCGAGUCUCGGCCCCUCGCGCUGCGCCCUUGUUCUCGCGCGCCACCGCCACCACCGCCACCACACAAAGGGGCGCUCCGGCACAGACAAAUGAAGAGCGAUCCCGGAUAAAGUCGAGUUUUUUUGUGAACUGCAGCGACCUUCCACGUCGACGUCACUUAGCGAGGGCGAAGAGCUCGUCCCGACGCUCUGUCGCCGUCGCCGCCGCCGCGACGCCGCCGCCGCCGCCCGUCGCCAGCCUCUCCUGGAGGGCGGCGCUCCGCUCGACGCGUCGCGUCGCGUCGUGUCGCCGAGCGGAGGAAGAAAUUUCGGAAACGACAAAGAAAAUAGCAGGAAGAGAUGAAGCGGAAUCCCUUCGGAAUGGAGAAAACUAGUCAUCAGUGGAACAGCCCCCCAGUCCGCCAUUUCUUUUUAAUCAUUUCCCCAACGCAGCAUUAUACAGCAGCGCAGGAAUAAUCUCCAGACCCGGCGGCCGCCCGACCGCC